CGGCGGGCGGCGGGGAAGCGCGAGCAUGGCCGGCCGGCGCGGGGCCCUCAUCGUGCUGGAGGGCGUGGACCGCGCCGGCAAGAGCACGCAGAGCCGCAAGCUCGUGGCCGCGCUGUGCGCCGCGGGCCACCGCGCGGAGCUGCUCCGUUUCCCGGAAAGAUCAACCGAAAUUGGCAAACUUCUGAGUUCUUACUUGGAAAAGAAAAGUGAGGUGGAGGACCACUCGGUGCACCUGCUUUUCUCCGCGAACCGCUGGGAGCAAGUGCCGCUGAUUAAGAAGAAGUUGAGCCAGGGCGUCACCCUCGUUGUUGACAGAUACGCAUUUUCUGGUGUCGCCUUCACCAGCGCCAAGGAGAACUUUUCCCUGGAUUGGUGCAAGCAGCCAGACGUGGGCCUCCCCAAGCCGGACCUGGUGGUGUUCCUUCAGCUGCGGCUGGCCGAGGCCGCCGUGCGGGGGGAGUUCGGCCGUGAGCGCUACGAGAGCGGGGACUUCCAGGAGCGGGCGCUGCGCCGCUUCCACCAGCUGAUGGCCGAUGAGACUUUGAACUGGAAGUUCUAUGUGGCUUCAAACUAGUCUGGAUUUAUAACACAUUUCAAACCCUGCAGGGAACAAGACAAGAAGACGGUCGACGCUUCCAAAAGCAUCGAAGAUGUCCACAAGGAAAUCCACGCCCUCUGUGUGUACACCAUCCAGGCCGCCGCACAGAGGCCGCUGGGGGAGCUGUGGAAGUAGCCAUGCAGUGCCCCCUCUGGUCCCGCGGGGCCGAGCCGGGGGCACGUGGACACCCAGACGCCGCGCUCACGGAGCAGGACGCAGAGACAAGCAGCCGCAGGUCAGCCCCCCAGGAGCCGGCGGGGCGUGCCCGGGGCGCCGUGCGGGCAGUGCUGUGCCGCCGCUGUCCUCUGUCCUCUCCUUCACCCCCAAGAUACCAGUAAAUUACUGUGUUUUGUGCUUUCUUAUGGAAAUUUAACACACAUGCAGGUAGUUUCAGUGAAAUGGUAGUCAGUUAAAACUGUCCCGCAUUUCUUACAGGCAGUAAUAAAAAUUCAUUUGAAAAGACA